AUGACCUCUCUCGCCAGACCCAUCAAUUUCCCUUCUUCCCGCCCUUCCUUCCAGAGGGCCGGAUCAACUGAUAUACCCUCACCAUCCUCAUCACCCAAAUCGUCUUCUCUCGAAUUGGGUACUUCGCCAAGCCAACAACACCCCUGUCCUCAUUUGAACCAGUUCGUUCAGUCGUUGGUGAAAGCUUAUUGGGGUCCUAAUACAAAUACGAGUACGAACAGUUCUACCAGGCGUUAG